AAAAAGUUAUACGGAAGCAAGACAGCACUAUGAAAAUGACUCCAAUCAAGAGGUAUUGCAAGAUGAGAAGGUCUAUGCUGUAGAUAUGCAGAAAGUCUUACUCUUGCCCAAAAUGUCAACCAAGGAAUCUUUUUUUGUUUCAAGGUUGGUCGUAUUCAAUGAGACGUUUGCGUCACUUCAUAAGGACGGAAAUAUUUGCGUGAUGUGGCAUGAGGCUAUAAGAGGCAGGUCCGCGACGGAUGUUGCAUCGGCAUACUACAACGUAAUAAAAAAUUCAGACAAUGUUACCAAAAAAUUUACAUUCUGGGUAGACAACUGUUCUGCUCAGAACAAGAAUUGGACACUAUAUUCUGCUUUUGCGACUUUUGUAAAUUGUGAAUGGGGUCCAGAAGAGAUCACCCUAAAAUAUUUUGAACCAGGCCAUUCAUUUAUGGCUGCGGAUUCGGUUCAUGGCCGAAUCAGCACAGAAAUGAAAAAACACCCAAACAUAUAUGAUUUUGAACAGCUUCUGAAAAUAAUUGAGCAGUCCUCAAAAAAAACUAAAUGUUUGCCUAUAAAUAAUUUUGAUUUUUUCCUCUUUGAAGAUGGAAGCAAACAAAGAAAAAGCAAUAAUAUACCUCUUCUUGAAAAAAUUAAGCUCGCUCAGUUUCGCAAAGGAUGCAGACACUUGUUUUAUAAAGAAUGCCAUAAUGAAACUGUCUUUCAGGAAGUCGAGUUUUUGAAAAAAAAAGUUGAUCUCAAAUUCCCUAUACAUCCUUUUGUCGAGCCACUGGGAUUGAACUCAGAAAAAAGAGAAACAAUUUUAAAAAAAUUGGUACCAUCCUUCAAAGAUGAAAGAAAGAAACUAUUUUGGCAGUUUUUGCCAUCUAAUGAUAAUUCCAAAGACUUAUGUGUGGUAUCAGAGGCUUAG